AUGUAUUCAAAACUCGCUAUAGUCAAUGCUCUCAUUGCAAUUUCUCAAUUAGCAGCUGCUGGAUCUUACACGUGUUAUAAUAGGCAAACCUUUACUGAAGAAUAUGUGAACACUAUUGCCGAUAAGUGUUUUGGUGUUAGUGAAGGAUCAGUUGGCGGCUAUCCAAUGAGAUACGAAAACCUGCAGCUUAAUAUCCGUAGCGACUCAUUCCGCAAGUUUCCUCUACUUGCAGGGGGUGAUGAAUGGAGCGGGGGAGCUGUUAAUUAUUUUGUUGCCAGUGACAGUGUUAGGCAAACAAAAAGGGUUUUUUACACCAGUGGCAGAUUUGACGAUGAAUGCGCAUAUACUAGGUAG